AUGGGCGGGCCGUACGUCACCUACGAGCACGGCCGCAUCUGCAUCAUGGAGCAGGGCGUCCUUCGCCCAGGCACCGACUUUGCAGUCGAGCUGCGCCCGGACGACCUCGAUCACGUCGAUGUUGCAGUCCGCUACCCCGACGGCACCACCAGCGCCGUCACCGUCCUUGCAGAUGCGGUCAUCGAGCAUCCAGCCUGCGUCUCGUCCGGCACCUUGCGCUGGUCGCCAUCUCGGUCGGUUACGGCAGCCCUCGCCAGUCGGGACCGCAACGCGACGGUGCUCAGCCUCGGUCUGCCUCUCGAGAUCUGCCGAGUUUUUCAGUUCAAGGCCAUGAUGGCCGGCAGGAUCCAGCUCCGUUACGAGGAUCCAGAGGACAGCGCCUACUCCUGGCACGCGAUCGAGGUCGAGGACGACAUGGUCUUCACCUACGUCGAUCCGGACUCCUCGGUCCACAGCCGCACGCACCUGCCCGCCUUUCUCGACGAGGUCGGCUCGUCUCUCAAGUGCGACGUCGGCGUCACCCUCAGGCUUGAGCGCAUGGCAGACGAAGGCGACCUUGUCAGCUUCCGCCCCGUGCAUGGCCUCUGCAACGUCCACGUCCACGGCCUCUCCGAUGUCUCGACACCGCGCCACAUCUUCCAGCUUGACGGCGUUGCCUCGCACCUCCGUCCCGACCCGGAUCUGCUUGACAGGGUCAACAAGUCCAGACGCGGAGACGUGGCGGUGGACGCGGGCAUCAGCCCCCGACAGCAGCAUCUCGACAGGCCGCAGCAGUGA